AUGCCUGCAGAAGGAGGGAAGACAGAUAUGGAGAGGAUUGGCCUCUUCAGUGAGAUGGAGUAUGUUAGUGUUGGUGAUAAAUAUGUGUCCUCAUUUAAUCGACCCUUUAAUGACGCUGCAAGCAAAAAUAAACAGAUGCUACCUGGGGGAUCCAAAGCAAUGUCAAAUCUCCAGGCAGGUUAUUUUGAUCCCCAUUUUGUAAGGAUAUUUGAAGGUGAAGGCUAUGUAAAUCUGAAUCAAGUGAGGAGACGGCAUAUGAUGGAAGAAGCCAAAAAAAAUCUAGGCAAAGCCUUCCUCCCUAGUAAUGGAGAUAAAAAGCCAUGUGGGUUAGGAACCUACUAUGGCACCAUAGGCGGUCCGGUGCCAUUCUUCAGCACACAGUUGAAACCCAGAGACAAAUAUGAGGUACCUGGAAAGAAUUUAUACACAAACCCGGGAAAGAAAGGAACAGGAUAUGGCUAUGCAAAUAUUACCAUAGGUAAACAGUUUUCACACUCUGCUGAUUUCUACGACGCACCCAAACUAAAUUUUAAGAAGGAGAAUGAAGAACACCAUCGUUUAGUUAAAGGAACACCUUUCAAAUCAAAUCUUUACCCAAGGGAAUAUUUUGACACGAAUCCUUAUUUGUUUGAGAAAGCUUUACCACCAAUUAAAAAAACAGAGAAGAAAGAAUUACUUGCACACCCCUUUAAGCCUUCUUCUCCUGGUAAAAAGGCUGGUGGAAUGAAGGCAGGAACAUUUGAUCCUUACCCUUCACAUUCUGCUGACCCUUAUGUGGUUAAAUUGGCAAGCCAGACUUCCAGCAAAGGUGCUAAGAUUUUCUAUCCCCCAAGUGGACCAAAGAGCAGACCAACUAAAAGUAUAAUGACUUUGAAUGUCAAAAGUACACUAAAUCUGAAGAACUACAAGACUGCUUCAGUACAGUCUGCGUCUGGAAGACAAAUAGCUUUCAGGGAUUGGGGCUUGGAGAAUCGACGCGAAAGUGCUGGUGUUCUGGCUACUGCUAUUGCUGUAACAAACUGUCCUUUAUCUCUGACACAGGACUUUCAUGUCUUCCACUGGAACCCAUAA